AGAUGUCACCACUGUUGGGCUAUAGAUAUAUGAGCCCAACCCAACCAACAAGCAGCCAACUGAACAAGAGAGACUUCUCAAAACAGCUGGCGCCCUGGUGAGAGUUCCGACUUCAACUGCAGAGUUCGAGGCAUCUACACCAAGCACUUCAUUCGAGACAUCAUCAUCAUCACCAGCAACAUAACAGCAGCAAUGGCAGAGAAAGGAAUGAUACAGACAGUCCUAGGUCACAUCAAGCCAGAAGCUCUUGGAAGGACGUUGUGUCAUGAACAUCUCCACAUCGACUCUGGGUCGCUUGGUAUCGAAACUGACCCCUGCUCACAUCACCACUCCAAAAUCAAUGACCCCAUUGUGAUGAAGAACCUGGGCUGGAUUCGUCAAUACCCGUACUACCACAAGGAGAAUUUAUCAAUCGUCGAUGAGUCGGAGGCUGUUGUCGAGGAAAUGAAAUAUUACAAGGCAAAUGGUGGAUCGUCUAUUGUAGACAACACUGUGAUUGGAUUAAAUCCAAAUGUUGAAUUCUUGAAGAAAGUCUCUGAACAGUCAGGUGUGAAUAUCAUUGCAGGCACAGGUUUUUAUGUCGACAUAACUCAUAGCGAUGAAACUCGUAAAACCCCUGCUGAGAAACUGGCGUCACUAAUGGAACAUGAUAUAAUAUCUGGUGUUGGCACCUCUGGAAUACAUUGUGGGGUUAUUGGAGAAAUUGGCUGUUCGUGGCCCCUCACAGACAGUGAACGUAAGGUACUGAGAGCUGCAGGAAUGGCGCAAGAACACACAGGAUGUCCAAUAAUUAUUCACCCAGGGAGGAAUCCCAAAUCACCUGCUGAGAUUCUGAGGAUUUUGAUGGAAGCAGGAGCGAAAGCUGACCAGAUUGUAAUAUCCCAUCUGGACAGUAAGUAUAGUUUCUUUUAAUUUCCCUUACUGGAU